ACCUUAAUAACUUUAAGAAAAAAAACAGAUCAACAAACAUGUCUCUUAUUAGAUCAAGAAGAUCAGUACCCGAAACAAAACCCGACCCGGAUCAACCCGCCACCACCGAACCACCACCGCUACCGCCACGUCAGCAGAGCCUACCCCAAAGAGCCAUAUCCCAAACCCUAACAACCACAGCCAACUUAGCCAAUCUCCUCCCAACAGGGACCCUCCUAGCCUUCCAACUCCUCACCCCUAUUUUCACCCAAAACGGGUCAUGCGACCCGGUAACCCGAACGUUGACUUUUCUUCUGUUGACUCUCCUCUCUCUCUCGUGCUUCGUCGCCUCCUUCACCGACAGUGUCAAGGCCUCCGACGGCAGAGUCUACUACGGCAUAGCCACCUUCAAAGGGAUCUUCCUCUUCGAUUGCCCCACCGGGUCGGGUGGAUCAGUCGGGUCGGGUUUACCCGAUUUGGGAGGGUACAGAAUCGGGUUUGUGGAUUGGGUUCAUGCGGUUUUGUCGGUUUUGGUAUUUGGGGUUGUGGCGAUUAGGGAUAGGAAUGUGGCUAUGUGUUUGUGUCCUCAGCCGGGGAAGGCGGCGGCCGAGGUUUUGGAUAUAGUUCCGGUGGGAAUCGGGGUGGUUUGUAGUCUUUUGUUUGUGGUUUUUCCGACCCGAAGACAUGGCAUUGGCUAUCCUGUCACACCGGGCAAAUAAUACAAUUUUAAUUUAUUUUUUAUUUGAUUAAUUCAAUUGUAAGUUUUAACACAUAUAUGAGUAAUGGAUGAAAAAAAGAUUAUUAUUAUUUUUGGAUAAA